AUGCACAUAUGCCUGUACUGCUAUUCGGAAGAACGUAAUGGUACACCAUCACGGCGCAGCAAAUCAGAGGGUCCUCCAGCUGUGCCCAACGGUCGGGCUUAUGCAAUUCCCACGGAAGUUGAUGGACCGGAAACUAAACAGGCGGGUGAGUCGAAUAAUGGCUUAUUCAAAAAGACCAUCUCAAAAUUGAGCACAGAGUAUCGUUUGCAAUUCGUUUGGCCCAAUGUUCGUAGAAUAAGAGAUCAAACUGGGUCAAACGUACACAAAACAACAGCCAAAGAACAGCAACAACAACCGAAAAAAUCAAUAUCAUUAGGUGCAAUUAGGGGUCAACAGCACCAUCCGCUCAAUGAUCGAUGUACGGCUGCGAUGCCAACCGUUCAUAAAAAACGUACAACAAAUCAAAAAGAAGCAACACUACAUGAGUUGGAGCCGCUGGUUAGCGAUGCUGAAGAUAGAAAACCCAUUGAAAAACAAGUAACUAUACAAGAGAAAAAGGUCACCACCCGACCCUUCUCCCAACUGAUUGAUCAAGAGCGAGCCAAUCAUUUCAUUACCAAAAAGGAAAAUUUCGGUUUUGCUGAUGCAACCGAGGCUGACAAUAAGCAACAACAUGCAAAACUGCAAGAGCAGCAACAGCAGGGUGAGAUCAUAAUGAAUGGCUCGGCUCCACCCUAUUCGAAACCAAAUUUGGAUUUAUGGUUUAAAGAGGUAGUAGAAAUGCGCAAAAAGGCCGGAGAAUAUAAGAGCCGAGGAUGGGGCAAGGAAAUUGAUCCGGAAUUGUUUAAGAAACAACAGGAACUUUGGGAUCAGGUCUCGAAACGUAGUUCAUUGUCUUCAUUAUGUUUGGCCUCAACUAUGCCAAGGCCCAUAACUAAGGAAGAAAAAGAUGAGGAGAAUAACAAGAAAACCGCUCCCAUAUUAAAAACUUAUAAACCUCGAGUUCCUGGUCAGGCUUACUUUUUGGAAAAUUUAACUAAAGACGAAUUAAAUGCACUGCCAGCACGAUUUAGUCAUAUACGUCAUCAUUUGGAACGUACCACAGGACCAGAUGUUGAGGAAGGCGCCUUAUUGCCAUCACCUACACGUGAAAAAUUAAUGCCAGCCAUUACUAAACGCGAAUCGGAAUCACAAAGGGGUAGUCCUAAGAAAACAGCCGCCUCACGUCAUGGCUCACCACAAAAGGGUAGUCCCCAAAAGGGCAGUCCCAAAAAGGUUCUUAAAAUACGCUCACAAUCGGUUGGUCCAGAACAUGAAUCGCCUAAACGUCAGUUACGUUCCUCUAGUACAGCACCCUACAAUCGAACGGCUGGCAAGAAAACUCCUACAACAGCUACACAGGGAACGUCAGAGCGUAAACCACGACCAUAUGAUACCGAAGAUGGCCGUGACACUGCCAUAUCUGUAUCCAGUUGCAGUCCCCAACCAGUGGCUGAGGUUCCUGAUGAACCCAUAGUUAAAUCGCCACCAGAACCUACUCGUGUCAAGAGUCCCGAACAAAUUAUUAUGCGUUCACCAGAUCCCGUUAACUGGACUGUACCCUUGGAUACAGGGAAAACCUUUACCGUAACACAAAAUGUCAAAGAAGGUGAAAAUUAUAGUAGACCCCAAAGUGAAAUAAAAGCUUCUACCCCUGUAGAAAAACCACCACCACCACCCCAGUCGGCACCUCCCGAAUUGACUGAACAAGUCAAAAUGGACGCCUGGAAAACAAAACAACCACGCAGCAAUAAUUCUCACAAUAACAACAACAACGAAGCUAAGUCACCAACACAAACUACCAAUAACACCGCAGGAAGUCCUACAACAGAUGUGGGCAAAAAUACUCUGCUACAAAAUAAUGCUAAUAAAAAACCAGUGCCUGGCACCACCAUCAGGGUUCUCGAAGAUCCCAUGUUUGAUGUUGAUGUUAUAUUAGCUUCAUCGGCCGCUGCAGGAGGACAGCAACAGCAAGCCGCUAAUUUGUCUUCAUCCUCUAAUUCAACCACCACCACAGCUUCUACAGCUCGUACCACAGCCACAGAUGUUCUAGAAAAGGCUCGUGAUCGUUUUGAUCGUUUUUGGGGCGGUAACACUAGCAAAGAGGAGAGUGUUUAAGUCAAUAGCUUUUUAGUAAAACACAAAAAACAAUUUAAAAACAAUGGCUUUUAAAUUUUAUACUUGAACAUUAAAUACUAAAGAAAAAUAAAAAUUAACAAAAAUUACAACAAAAAGAAACAAAAAUAGUAUUAAGACUUUUUGCAGUUAAGAAAUUUACCAAAUUUUACCCCUCACACAAAUAUUGAACAACAUUUAGGUUGGUAUAUAUUACAUAAAAUGCCUAAAAUAUUUAAAACUUUUUUUCAAAGUAAUUAUAUAUUUUUCUCUUUAUUUCUGCUCAUUCACUUUUAACUUGAUCACACAAGAGUUCAGCAACGACUAACAUUAAAAUUGUUUAAAGCAUUGCUUGAUAGUAAAACAAAAUGGAGUACUUACACACUCUCAAUAUUAACACUUACUUACACUUUCAAUUAAAUGUGUUACACUACUAAAUAAUGCUCAGAAAAAAAGAGAUUUUUUUUUUUUUGAAAAAAGAGCAACUAAGCUUUGAGUAAGACAAAAUACAUAAACAAUUAAGCAAACGAGUAAGAAAACUGCUUUUUCAAAAUGUGAGUAAUACAACUACACAGCACAGUAAAAACAAACAUACGAGUUCAUACAUUUCAUUACACAACAGCCACAACAAUAACAACAACAAGAAAAAACCAAAGACACGAAGACCCGUCCAAAACAAAAAUUAUUAAUAAAAAUGAAAAAAAAAAAACAAAACAAUAAAAA